UAACUGUGCGAGUAUCUAGCAUAAAAAACAGCUGUUACAUUUGAAACGACAUAUCGAUGUAUAUUUCUUUCAACCUACCCUAGCUAGAUAUCACGCCUGCAAUAUUUUAAUAAAUUGCUGUAAUAUUUUGACCAUUUUCCGUAAACGAAAACGUCCCAAAAGCUACAUAGAAGAUAAACACGCAUGACCUCUGCCUUUUACGACGAAAAGGAGAAAGAACUGAAGUAUUACGACCAGUGACGAAGAGGAAAAGGGACAAUCUUCUUGUCGUUUUGGCCGUAUUACGAUAAUUAUAUAAAGAUGGUGAUGAUGAAGAAAUGUUGUUGUUUUGCGAAUACGGUUAGCGGCUCGAUAGCUAGCGGAGUGUUCUCUGCGAACUACAGCGCCAUCCAUCUUGUUUGGACCGGAUUUCAGUGGUAUCAGAUUUCACAAACAAACGGAGCUGAAUUUUCUCGUUACGGUGCCUAUGCCGCUGACAUCAUUGACGUCAUUGCUCUCAUCUGCCUCGCUAUCACAUCUGUCCUUCUCAUCUACGGAGUCGCAGAGGACAUGUGGAUGUAUCUCAUCCCAUAUGUUGCGACCAUCCCAGUCCUGCUCGUGCUCCAGAUCAUUACAUGGAUCGUCCGUAUAAGCAUCACGGCCUUUUAUGCAGAUGCUAUGAUAUUUGGUUUCAUUGUCUGGAUCUUCCUCCUACCAGUGCAUAUUAUCUGCAUAUUGUGUGUAGUCUCACUACUCCAGGAGUUUCGCACAGAGACCGGAAAGGAAGACAUUGAACAUGACAUCAUGUACUGAAUAAAUGAAUGUAAAUGUAUGUAAAGACAAACCAGAUAACGGUUCGGAUCCAUUCGAAGAAACCUAUAGAUCAAAACUGAAACUUUUGUAUUUAUCGUAACUUCAUAUAUGUUUGUGCAUGAACAUUACAUAUAU